GUGAAUGUUUGUUUGUCAGUAAGACAGUCAUGAAGUGUAUAGAGGUGACUAUCUGGCUGUUUCUGGCUGCAGUGGUUUCAGCUAAACCACCUAAUAUGGUCUUCAUGCUCAUGGACGAUAUGGGCUGGGGAGACCUGGGUGUGUACGGCAACGCAGCCAAGGAGACUCCAAACUUAGACAAGAUGGCAGCAGAGGGCAUGCUCCUCCCUUCCUUUUACUCUGCCAAUCCGCUCUGCUCUCCGUCUCGUGCCGCCAUGCUAACUGGCCGAUUACCAAUCAGGAAUGGAUUCUAUUCCACAACGCUCAUGCUCGGAAUGCUUAUACUCCUCAGAACAUAGUGGGUGGCAUCCCAGACUCUGAGAUUAUCUUUCCUGAACUACUCCUCCAGGCUGGCUAUGCCACUAAAAUCAUUGGAAAAUGGCACCUGGGCCAGCAGCCACAGUACCAUCCCCUCAAGCAUGGGUUCCAGGAGUGGUUUGGAUCCCCAAACUGCCACUUUGGUCCCUACAACGACGUCACCACUCCCAACAUACCAGUCUAUAAGAAUUCCUCUAUGGCUGGCCGAUAUUACACCGACUUCCCUAUCAACCGCUCGACUGGAGAGUCAAACCUGACCCAGCUGUACAUCCAGGAAGCCGUGGACUUCAUCCACAAGUCAGUUGGAGCUGGCUCUCCGUUCUUCCUCUACUGGACCCCAGACGCCACCCACGGGCCUCUCUAUGCCUCCACGACCUUCCUGGGAACCAGCUCCAGGGGACUGUAUGGAGAUGCAGUGAGGGAGCUGGACUAUGGAGUGGGAGUCAUUCUCAAACUGCUGACUCAGCUGGGAGUGGCCAGUGACACUCUGGUCAUAUUCUCCUCUGAUAACGGAGGGGCCACUUAUGCCAAGGAGAUGGGAGGCAGUAAUGGACCGUUUCUCUGUGGGAAAGAGACGACAUUUGAAGGAGGAAUGAGAGAACCAACCAUUGCCUGGUGGCCAGGGACAGUGGCUGGAGGUACUGUCAGCCAUCAACUGGGCUCCAUGAUGGACUGGUUCAGUACUGCCCUAGACCUGGCCGAGAUCAAGGAGCCGGACGACCGGAUAAUCGAUGGGAUGUCCCUUCUCCCGAUUUUGGUCAAUGGAACAGUGACAGACCGUCCAAUAUUCUACUAUCGUGGAGAUGAACUGAUGGCAGUUCGCUACCAGAUGUACAAGGCACACUACUGGACCUGGACCAACUCUAUCGAUGAAUUCAACCACGGAAUUGACUUUUGUCCUGGAGAAGAGAUUGUUAAUGUAACCACCCAUGACCAGGUAAACCACACCUCUCAGCCACUUCUAUUCCACCUUGGCAGAGACCCAGGAGAAAAAUACCUCAUUAAGCCCAAGACUGCAGAGUACUUAGAAGCCAUGAAGCUGAUUCAGCCGAUAGUUGAUGAGCACCACAAGACACUGGUCAAAGGAGCUCCCCAACUCAACUACUGUGACCCUGCUGUCAUGAACUGGGCUCCUCCAGGGUGUGAGGACCUGGACCAGUGUCUACCUGUGCCUCACCACGACCAGACUCUCUGCUACUGGCCACACUGACUGGCACUCUUUCUGUUUCUCUUACUGUCUAAUUAUUGGUAAAUAAAAUCAUGAUGAAAUGCUUUGACACAUACUACAGUGGCACCUCAAAUAAGGGACCCUCCGAGUAGGCCUCCGAGUAGGCACAACCUAUCUACAAAGGACACUCAGUGCAUGAAAUUAUACAGUCG